AUGCCUAAGGCUCUAUCGGCCAUUGUCAAUUCACACCCCUUUGCCACCCGCCGGCCCAGCGCCGUGCGCACCCAACAGGAAGAGUCGCCACCCCCCGACGGCGUCGACAGCUGCUACGGGGUGCGCAGCAUCAGUUCCGUCUCAUGGUCCAGCGACGGCUCGGACUCGACCGCCCUCGCGCCAGGACAUUCACACGCCGCCCACAAGGCGGACGCCACCGAUCACACGGCGUCAGCCGGCGGGGGUGAGGGUGUGGGCGACCUGAAAUCGGUCCGUGACGUGCAGCACGACGAGCACGACAGCUCGGACAAUGAGCACACCGACAGCAGUGGCUCGGAAGAACUCGAGAGCACACCCGAUGCGUCACGGUCGCUGCAGCUGCAUACGCCCGCGCCAGCGGGGCGCCAGGAACAAGCGUCGACGCCCGCGACGUCGUGCGACCGCGACCCGGAGGGCGCUGCAGCUCACCCUCCAGGCCCGUCUCCCACAGCGCACAUCGUGCAUGCGCCCGCUGUACUGACGCGCGAACGUAGCCGGAGUCUGGACAAGACGCCGGGCCCGGUCGUCUCGCACGCGCUCUUCGACAUGCUGCAGGACGCGCCGAGUGCGAGUGAGCCGUCGUCCCCUGCAUCCCUAGCUUCACUGCCGAGCUGCACGGCGUCCAUGUCUUCGCUCUCACGUCUCAGCUCCCCCGCAGACUGGGACCAGCGUGCACAGUUCAUGCGUCCCGGCGCUCCCGGAAGCACGGCCAGCGCGUCCUCAGUAUCCGGUGAGAGACAGGAACUCGUCCUCCCCACGCUGGCUCUGCCGAAUACGUCUCUCCACCUCGGCCUGGAGCGAUGGGCGGGCGAAGGCGCGGGCACGCGCAUCGCGCUCGUCGCGCCACCAGAGCGGACGCGGGACGUCCUCGCCGUCAUCGCCGGAAAGCGGAAGUGCGUCCAGCUCGCGCAUGGUGAGGUCGGCGUCGUCGCGCGCUCCAGUACAGGCUACGGCGAGCUCGAGGCUACCAUCAUCACGGGUUUGUCGGCCAACGACAUUGCGCGCCGGACUCACGACGCAUACGCCCUCCUCCACUCGUUACUAAACCCGUCGCCGGAUCCCGAGAAGCGGCGAGAGAUGGCCAAGAUCGUGACCGCGCACAGUAUCGUGGCGGAUUGGGUGCACGUCGCCUUCGUGCUUGAUGGUGAGCUAUCUAACGGGUCGGAGCUGACAGCAGACGAGGACGACCUCACCGCUUUAGACAUCGUCCCCGUAACAACACUCGAGCAGGGGACGCGCCGCGACGCGCGCUCCCUCGAGACGCCGCGGUGGAGUGCAGGCAACAUUGAGCCGUGGAGCUUUGACGCCGGCCUGCCAGGUGUGCCAGAGUACAGCUCGUCUUCGGGCUCACCCCGCUCACCCCUUAGCCAGCCGUCCUACCCCUCAAGCUACCCCUCGUCUCUGCCCAGCAGCAGCUCGGACGAGGAGCCAGAACCCCGCCCCCGCCCGGCCGAAGAGGAAGGCGACGAGCCCACCCCGCCCUCCACGCCCGAUACAGUUCGGCAGGCCGCCUCGGCCCUCGAGGCGCUCCUCUCUGACCGCCGCGUUCGUGAUGCCUCCGUGUCAGCCUUCCUGGCGUGGCACCCCGAGUCGCCCGAGGCGAGCACGCUGGUAGCCGAGCCCCAGCCAACGCUCGCGCACGCCGCAGCAGGAGGCGAGUGGGAAGCGACGCUCUCGCGCCGCCUCGCGGCCCGGCGAGAGCUCGACGCGGCCGCACAGGUGACAUCAGCUCGCCAAAUCCUGUGGGGCGUGUACAAGUACUUUGACCUGAUCCCUGUCGACCAGCGCACUGUCUGGGAGCCGUUGAAGGACAACUGGAUGGUCUGGUGGAUGAAGUGGCAGAUCUUUGCUCCGAUCUUCCUUCUCCAGUGCAUCAAUCUCCCCUCUCACCCUCCCCCAUCACCAUCUCCCCACCUUUAUCUACAGUUGUAUACUGAAUCCUAA